AUGCAUAACGACCAAGACAAGAAUCUCAUCGAAAUUUUGGACGGAAACGUGCUCGUAGACAUUGCCAAGUACACAAACUACGUCAGCGACCCACAGGCAGGCGCGAUCACGACAUUCUCCGGGACAACAAGAGACACCUUUGAUGGCAAGACGGUGGUGGAGCUGCGGUACGAGGCGUACGUACCAAUGGCAGUACGCCAAAUCCAAGCAAUCUGUUCGUCGGCCAGAGCCACCUGGAAGAUCCACGCCAUUUCAGUGGCACACCGCCUGGGUGCGGUUCCGGUAGGGGAAACCAGCGUGUUCAUUGCAGUGUCGGCUGUUCAUCAUGCCGAUGCGCUGGAUGCUUGUAAGUUCAUGAUAGACGAGCUCAAGGCGACUGUUCCGAUUUGGAAGAAGGAGGUUUACUCGAAUGGAGAGGUUUGGAAGGAGAAUCCUGAGUUCAUGGAGAGGAGAUCAAUGGAGCCGGCUGGAAAGGCUGUUGAUGCGCCGAAUGUUGCUUGUAGAAGAAUUUGCUGUGGGGCUAAGUCUAAGGUCAGUGAUGAAAGCACUGCUUGUGAGAUGAACUUAGAAUAG